UUCCACCGUUGCGUCCGUUAACAUCGCUAAAACUGUCUUGACUGUGGGACUACUUUCCGCCACAUAUCAACUUUCUACUUGCAGGACAAAACUGCCGUUACUAGUUCUAAAUGGAUGGUUGCUAUGGCCAAAAGCCAGUCGUUAGUUCUAAAUGGCUGGUUGCUACGGCCAAAAGCCAGUCGUUAGUUCUAUCUCUGCCGUUGUCAAGCGGGCAUUUCCCAGGAUUCUGAUUAACUUUAACUUUGAAAGAUCGCUACUUUUAUAGCCUACAUGGCAUCCAACUAGCUACAAUCCACCUCCGUCAUAUGCUACAAUGUUACUAUGGUUCUGCACGUCUGUAUUUCAGCUUGGAUGCAACGUGACAGUUCAUUUAAACUUCGCAACGAGUUUGGCGAAUUAAUAUUCAAGUGUGAUACGGGAACUACUUCGAAGGUAGCAGGUUAUACGAAGUUAAUGGCCACCCCAUUAGCCAAUCAGAGAAGAGAAUUCCAUUGUUGAGGGAGAUAAACAUACAUAUACUGUAUAUGAUGAACAUAACCUAAAACCAAUUAUUUUUCUCUCAGAGAAACAGAGUUGUCAAGCAAAUACAGAAACUGAAUAAUGGAGCAGAUGAGAAUUUGCCUCCAGGUCCUGCUUGUGGUCAUUGGAGCAAUAUUAGUAGCACACCUACUACAAAGACUUAAAGGAGGAGACCAUAUUGAAAAGGAAGACAAGCGUGUAGUGGUGGGAAUCGAUCUGGGCACCACCUACUCUUGUGUCGGAGUCUUUAAAGAUGGCCGUGUGGAAAUCAUUGCCAACGACCAGGGCAACAGGAUCACCCCUUCCUGUGUGGCCUUCACUGCUGAGGGAGAGCGUCUCAUUGGUGAUGCUGCUAAGAUCCAGCUGACCUCCAACCCCGAGAACACCGUUUUCAAUGCUAAAAGAUUUAUCGGCCGCACCUGGAAUCAUUCUUCUGUGCAGCAGGACAUCACAUACCUUCCCUUCAAGGUGUUUGAGAAAAACAGGAAACCCCACAUUGCUCUUAAAGUUCGUAGCCAGAUGAGGAGUUUUACACCAGAAGAGAUCUCUGCCAUGGUUCUCUCUAAGAUGAAGGAAACCGCUGAGGCAUAUCUGGGAAAGAAGGUCACCCAUGCCGUGGUCACUGUUCCUGCUUACUUCAAUGAUGCCCAGCGUCAUGCCACCAAGGAUGCUGGAACCAUCGCCGGCCUGACUGUGAUGAGGAUCAUAAACGAGCCAACAGCUGCUGCUAUUGCUUAUGGUUUGACCCAGAAGCGUGGGGAGAGAAACAUCCUGGUGCUUGACCUUGGUGGUGGUUCCCUUGAUGUGUCCCUCCUGACUAUUGACAGAGGUCAUGUUAUGGUCAGAGCCACAAACGGAAACACCAGCUUGGGUGGAGAAGACUUUGACCAGCGCGUCAUUGAGCACUUCAUCAAGCUAUGCAAGAAGAAGACUGGCAAAGAUGUUCGCAAAGACAAGCGUGCUGUUGAGAAGCUGCGUCGUGAGGUUGAGAGAGCCAAGCGAGUUCUGUCUUCCCAACAUCAAGUACGUUUUGAGAUUGAGUCUUUCUUUGAGGGUAAAGACUUGUCCGAGAUCCUGACCCGUGCCAAGUUUGAGGAGCUAAACAGGGAUCUUUUCAGUUCCAUCCUGACGCCUGUGCAGAAAGCUCUGGAAGAUUCUGACCUGAAAAAAUCUGACAUCGAUGAGAUCGUGCUGGUCGGUGGCUCCACUCGUAUUCCCAAGAUCCGGCAGCUAGUGAAGGAAUUCUUCGACGGAAAGGAGCCCUUCACAAGUAUCAACCCUGAGGAGACUGUGGCCUACGGAGCAGCUUUGCAGGCUGCCCUGCUUUCUGGAGAGGAGGGUAUAGAAAGCCUGGUUCUUCUGGAUGUGUGCCCCCUGACUCUUGGCAUAGAGACUGCAGAUACAAAGAAUAAUAAGGAACAAGUGAUGACCAGGCUAAUCCAUAGGAACACCCUGGUGCCAACCGAGAAGUCCAAGAUGUUCACCACUAACCAGGAUAACCAGACAGUAGUUGCUAUCAAGGUUUAUGAAGGUGAGCACAACAUGACCAAAGACAACAAUCUGCUGGGGAGUUUUGACCUGACCGGCAUUCCUCCAGCACCCCGUGGGGUCCCAGAAAUAGAGGUGACCUUUGAGAUUGAUGUCAACGGUAUCCUCCGUGUAACUGCUAUAGACUUAGGAACCGGCAACAAGAACAAGAUCACUAUCACCAACGACCAGAACCGUCUGACCCCAAAGGACAUCGAGAGGAUGGUGAAUGAUGCUGAGCGAUUCGCCGAUGAAGACAAGCGGUUAAAAAAACGCGUUGAUGCCCGCAACGAGCUGGAGAGCUAUGCUUACUCCCUGAAGAACCAGGUGGGGGAAAAAAAAGAGCUGGGCGGCAAACUGUCCGACGAUGACAAAGAAACCAUCGAGAGAGCCGUGGAGGAGAUGAUUGAUUGGAUGGAGUUCUUCCCAGAGGCCGCUGCAGAAGCAUUCAAGUCCAAGAAGGAUGAGCUGGAGGAGGUUGUUCAGUCCAUCAUUGGCAAAGUCUACGGCAACACAGAUAGACAUCUUCCAGAGGAGGGUGAGGGUGAGCAGGAUGAGAAAGACGAACUGUAGUCAUGGUUCCUGCUUGCAAAUCACGAACUCUGUAACUCCACAUUACGGUUUUAUUGAUAGGAUAUGUUGUGUACAACAUGCAACAGAAUUAUUAAAAUUUGAGCCUUGCCUCUCGAGUUCACCUGCCAACCCUGUAAGGUUCCGUAACUUUCACGCAUCCCUGAACUUGAAACCAGAGCCCGUCUCUGUUGAAACUUCCUGUGCAAUCGCGAAAUAUGCUUGUCAAUCAAAAAAAAUGACGGUUCCUCCAAUCAUCAUACAGAAGCUCGGCAUCCGAGCCAUCCCACUGUCCCAUUCACCCCCAGAGAGGCCGGGCUUCCCUGGAUAUGACGAUUUUGCGGCGUUUAUCCAAUAUUCAUCUAGCUUUUCCUGCACUGAGACCAGCCCACUCCGUAGUGCCAUCGAAGUCCAGUGAGGCCGAGCCUCUAUGGGGAUUUUAAUGGAUCGUGUCGUCACAGCAAUGCAUUAGACGUGCGAAAUCAUGAUAGAUGACAGGCAAAACCUUGUUGUAAAACGAAACUAUAACGAUAUAGCCAUGAAGUUGAACACGUUUUUAGCAUGUUCUAGUUGAAAUAUUAGGCUUGCUAAUGUAGCUCAUAAUAGGCAUUAUUUCAUGCAAUUUUCCGUGAUAUUUUAGAGGAGGCUGAGCCUCCCCUGCACUCAAUGAGCAAUCGCCUCUGAUAUGAACAUAAGCUUUAUAUUUCCAUAGAGCCUCGGAAGCAUAGUUUUAAAGACCAAAAGGUGUUUUCAUCAAUUUCAAUUUUCAUCCCUCUAAAUUUUGUUAAUUUUUAAGAGGCAUUAUCUCAUAUUAGCAGUGGCUU